AAAUAAUAUGGUGCUCUAAACUAAAAAUACUGUAUCAGUCUAUCACAAAAACAGGAAGGCUAUACGUGCAUAUGCAAGGCCUUGAGAUGAAAUAUAAUGUUAAAUGGGAAUCAUUACAUUUUUGAAUAAAAAAAGAUGUACCUAAAUUCUCAUUGUGGAUUUACAUUGGCCAUUCCUUUGCUGUGGACACUCCAUUUAGAUAAGUUCACAAGAGCUUUUCCAGGCAAAACUGAAAACUGUACCUUUAAUUAUUAUAAUGAUGGGAGCAUUUGCAAAGAAUGUCCGGACGGGUAUUAUGGUACCAACUGCUCACAUAUAUGUCCUGCAUUAUUUUACGGCAUUAAGUGUCUCCAGACGUGCGAUUGUUUACCUUGUCAUCAUGUCUAUGGCUGUAUUUCUACUCCUCAUAUAGCUGAGACAACGACAUCUGAAUAUGAGAUCAAAGAUGAAAUAAAGAAAACCACAAAAAUCCAAGAAUCAACCAACUUCAAAAAAGAAAACAAUGAUAAAGUAAAAUGCACAAACCAAACACCAGAACACAAGACCAAUUUUGGUAGAAAUAUAAUUAUAUAUGUUGGAUCUGUAUUGAGUUUUAUAUUAAUAAUAGAAAUUAUUCGAGAAUUGUAUUUAUACUGCCAAUUUUCUGGGCCUACUGGCCGACGGGCAAUCCUUGAUGACAUAUAUACAGGUAUUGCUGAAAUGGAAAAUACAAGAACAGUAUGAAGUGAAACACACUUACUAUAUUUCUGUCCAUGUGCCACAAAUAAAACAAUUCUAAUCUUAACUUUUGUAAUAUUAAGUUGGAGAAUGGUGACAUUAUGAAAGUAAAGCUGUUCUUGAUUAAGAAAGCUCUGUACACUAUUAUUACCAGACGCCAGAAGACGGUCGGUUUUAUAGGUAUGAAAUAUCAAAGUGCUGAAAGUACUGGAACCGGUUGGCAACCUUGUUUGCAUGUUGCUAAGAAUUCAUGCGUUAAAUAUUCAUUUUUGGGCACAAUAUAGUUCGAAUACAAAUUUUAUCAUUUGAUGUUAAGCAUGAAGUUUUUAACUUCAAGUUGUAUUUAACCAAAUAGAAUACAUAUUAACUUUCUAUUGAUAUACUACGCAACAUUCUCGAAGGAUUCUUGUAUUUGAUUUAUAUUGUUGAUUCACAAUUGUAAUCUAAAUGUUCUUAGAUUUA